UUCUGCAUGUGUUCAGCAUGCUGAAACACUGCCUAACACAUGUGGACUACACGCGUCUGCAUGCCCAGCAGAAAAUGCAACCCAAAUGCGGCGAGAUCUUCUACGAGCAGGAGUGCAACAGAUUCCACUUGGCUUGCUGCCUGUGCGAUAUGAAGCACUUCUCCUUCGAUGAUUUCGUGCGGCACAUUCGCAACGUACACUUCGACAAGCAGGGAAGGCCGCAGACGCAGGCGGUGACUCUGCGUGCUUCGGCUCAGCCCCUGCCUGACACUGCGGGGGAGAAGCUCCUCCUGGCAGGGGAAUAUGAUGAUGUACAGGCGGCGAAAGUCCCUAUCUCAUUGCAGACGGGAGACACUCAGAAAACUGAAGGGCUCUGGGGGUGUGGAGAGAAUUCGCCAAAAUCUAACAGUGACGAGUGCGACCUAGAGCCAGAGGCCAUCUUAAGCAGCCCCUGUGAGAGGACAGAUGAAGAGAGCGAGGACCAGCAAAGUAUUUUCAAGCGGCAGCCAAAGGAAUUCUGCUGCAAGCACUGUGAUCGAAAAUACACAUCGGCGAAAUACCUGAAUACCCACAUAAAGAUGAGCCAUCCCCACCCGAAGGCGUUCAAGUGCAGCGACUGUGGAGACGCCUUCGAUGUGGUACGGGCCCUGGAGGCGCAUCGGCGCAAACUGCACACUGAUUUCAGUUGCAAACUGUGUGCCAAGAUCUUCAAGAACUCACGGACUCUCCUCCGUCAUGUGCAGGGACAUUCUGGUGUGCGGCAGUACAAGUGCGACUUUGAGAAUUGUGAGAAAUCCUUUACGAACAAGCACAACCUCAACUCGCACCGCCGCAUCCACAAAACGGAGCGCAACUAUGUUUGCGAGCUGUGCGGCUAUAGGUCGCGAUACCGCGAGGCUCUCAUCGUCCAUCGACGCUCCCACACGGGCGAGAAGCCCUUCAAGUGUGAGACCUGCGCGCGCUGUUUCGCCUCGAAGUCGCUGCUGAACGAGCAUCAGCCGAUGCACUCCACGGAACGGCCCUACAAGUGCAACGAUUGCGAGGCAACCUUCUCCCGGCCCAAGGCUCUCUAUCACCAUAAGCAUCUGCACCUGGCAAUCAAAAAGUUCAAGUGCAAAGUCUGUGGCAAUGCCUACGCCCAGGCGGCGGGGCUCUCGGCCCACAUGCGGGGACACAAGCAGCAGGCAGCCAACGGUGUGUCAGACGGCAAAGAAAUGGAUAUGCUAUUUACCUGCUAACCGGGCAGAACCACGGAGUACGUGGUAUAUAUAUAAGCUAACGUUGUACAUAUAGAAUACUACAUAAAACGAUAUUUCCGAUA